AUGGCUCCAGUUGCACAGGCUGUUACGGUGUCUCUGGAGGACCUACGGCAAGGGACCGUAUCGUUCGAGACGUUGCAGCGUGCCUUUGGGCCAGACUCUCUUGGUAUUCUCGUUGUCAAGGAUGUCCCGCCUCGGUUCCACGAGCUGAGAAAACAGGCACUGUCUCUAUCGUCGUACCUUGGCAACUUGCCACAGGAAGAACUUGCCAAGUUGGAAAAUGCAGCGGCCAAGUACCUGACCGGCUGGUCCCUUGGCAAGGAGACUCUCAAGAACGGCCAGGUCGACACGCUCAAGGGAUCUUUCUAUGCCAACUGCGCCUUCUAUGUGGACCCAUCUCUGGCCAGCGCUGCCCCCAGCGACGGCUACACAGCCGACAGCUUCCCCGAGUACCUGUCGCCAAACGUGUGGCCCGACGAGGCGGUGCUCCCGGGCUUCCAGGCGGCCGUCGAGGGGCUCUGCCGUGUUGUCAUAGACGUCGCCGUCCUGGUAGCCGGGGCUUGCGACCGCUUCGCCGCCGGCGAGAUCGCCGGGUACCCGGCCGGCUACCUGGAGAAAAUGGUCAAGACGUCGACGACGACCAAGGCGCGCCUGCUGCACUACUAUCCGAACCAGGGCGGGGAGGCUACGGACGCUUCUGCGGACGGCGACGACUGGUGCGCCACCCACCUGGACCACGGCUGCCUCACCGGACUGACGUCGGCCAUGUUCGUGGACGAGACGGUCAUCAAGCCGGGGUCCCUGGCGGCCUCGGCCCCGGGCCCGCUCGAGGAGCUGGCGGCCUCGCCGGACCCGGUGGCCGGACUCUACAUCCGCUCGCGGACGGGCGAGACGGUACAGGUCAAGAUCCCGCGCGACUGCAUCGCGUUCCAGACGGGCGAGGCGCUCGAGAGGAUCACCGAAGGGAAGUUCAAGGCGGUGCCUCACUUUGUCCGGGGGGCGGCGACCGGCGGAAGGGUUGCGCGCAACACGCUCGCCGUGUUCACGCAGCCGAACCUAGGCGAUUUGGUCGACAUUCGCAACGGCAUCACCUUUGGCGAGUUCGCGCGGGGCGUUGUGGCCAAGAACACGGUUGGGUAG